AUGGCCGCUCCGUGCUCCCUGUGGAUGGCGCUGGUCCUGCUGGGGGCCCUGGGGGUCCUGCCGGCACCGGCCCGGGCCUCAGAGCAGCCCGGCUUCCAGCGGGACCAGUUCCUGGGGCGAUGGUUCGCCGUGGGCCUGGCCUCCAACGCCAGCUGGUUCCUGGAGCAGAAGGACAACCAGGCCAUGUGCCUGAUCGUGGUGGCCCCAGCCGCGCCUGAGCAUGGGCAAGGCGUCCUCAACCUCACCACCGGCUUCCCCAGGGGAGAGGAGUAUGAGACCCGGAGCAUGCUGCUGACGCCAACAAACACCCCCGGCCACUACACCUACACUGCCCCCUACUCGGGCAUAGAGCUGCAGGACCUGUGGGUGGAGACGCACAAGAAGUACGCGCUGCUGUACACCGUGUGCGCCGACGGAACCGGUUUCCACUUGGCCACGCUGUACAGCCGCACUGAGACCCCGCAGGACGCUGUGAAGGACAAGUUCACCGCCUUCGCCGCCGCCAAGGGCUUCCCCAAGGAGGACAUUGUCUUUCCGCCGAACACGGGCAAGUGCAUGUAG